AUGCGUCGCCGGAAGCCCAUCGACGGCUUCAUACUGUGCGGGGUUUGCUUCUGGACAAUAAUCGUACACCUGGUCUCGACAUGCCUGACCAUACAGCUCGAAGAGCGGAUGGAGAUUGUGCGCAAAGUGCUGAAGGAAGUGCCUUUAAUCGAUGGUCACAACGAUUUGCCGUGGAACAUAAGAAAGUUUCUGAAAAACCAAUUACGGGAGUUUCGCUUCGGCGAGGAUCUGCGCGACAUUACACCGUGGUCAACGAGUGCCUGGAGCCACACGGACCUGCGGCGCCUGAAAGAGGGCAUGGUUUCAGCACAGUUCUGGUCGGCCUAUGCGCCCUGUUCGUCGCAACAUUUGGACGCAGUGCAAUUAACGCUGGAGCAGAUCGAUCUCAUUCGGCGGUUAGUCAAUCUUUAUCCGCAGCACAUGGCCCUGGUAACCACGGCCGACGGCAUCGAAGCGAGCCACCGGUCGGGGAAGCUGGCCAGCCUGAUAGGGAUCGAGGGUGGCCACUCGAUCGGCACCAGCCUCGGGGUGCUGCGGACCUUCUACCAGCUCGGGGCCCGCUAUCUCACGCUCACGCACACCUGCAACACGCCGUGGGCGGACUGCUGCAAAGUUGAUGAGCCGGGCCGGGUGCCGCACAUCGGGGGCCUCUCCCACUUCGGCACACUCGUCGUCACCGAGAUGAACCGGCUCGGCAUGAUCGUCGAUCUGUCGCACGUGUCGGUGCCGACGAUGCUCGAUGCACUGGCCACCUCCAAGGCGCCCGUCAUCUUCUCCCACUCGUCCGCCCACGCCAUCUGCAACAGUUCCCGCAACGUGCCGGACCACGUGCUGAAGCGCAUCGCCGUUAACGGCGGGCUGGUCAUGGUUGCAUUCUAUCCCCACUUCGUGAGCUGCGGCGAAAAGGCCACCCUCAAGGAUGUUGUGGCCCACAUCAACCACAUACGAGAUGUGGCCGGAGUGGACCACGUCGGUAUCGGUGCCGGUUACGAUGGAGUAAACUUGGUGCCGCAGGGACUAGAGGACGUCUCCAGGUAUCCUUACCUGUUCGCAGAACUGCUAGAAUCAGAACGGUGGACCGAGGAGGACAUAGCGAAGCUGGCGGGCCGGAAUCUCAUCCGAGUGUUUCGGCAGGUGGAACAGAUACGAGAUCAGCUGGAGGCACAGGGAAUGCUGCCCAUCGACCAAUCGAUACCACCGGAGGACAUCCUCGGCCGCUCGUACUGCCGCUACUCGGGACCACGGACGUGA